GAGGCAAUACAUGGGAAUGCACGUAGUGCCGUGCACACUUUCGCUCUACUCCUCCCUUCUGCCCUCCCUCAUCUCGUCUUCUGCCUAGCAGCAGCUAGCAAGUUCGCUUCACGCUUCCCCAUCGCUAGCUUCGUCGUUCAACUCGAAACACCCCGCAGCCGCUGGUUAUUGUCCGAAGCUUUACGCAGCAAACCGCGCGAUCAAAAGCUCUCGGUUCAACGCGGGAACUUUUGCAACCAAAGCGCGCGCCUCACAUCAGUCAGUGAUCGUGACGUAGUUAUUGACAAAUCAUUAUUUCGCUUUGCGCUGCAUUUGAUGUCACCCGAGCUCUAGCCACGCGCUGUCUGCACAGGUCUCCUGCCACAAAGGACUCUCUUAGAAGUGCGCGAGGACACGUCACAGUGCAAUGAAAGGGACGCAGGGAGAGCAGGAGGGAUGAGAAAGCGAUUCAAGUGAAAGAAGUCUCGCAUCACCAUAAAGUGCCUCAUCUGGAUGCUGCGGAAGCCCUUCUCUGUGUCCGCUUCGGAGCGCUCUCUUCUCCGCUGACUUGUGCGUGUGCGCGCUUGGGCUGUAUUUCACCCUGACAGUCAAUCAACCCAUUUGCCCGUUCCUCGAUUCCAGCUCCGCCUGCUCGCCAUUUCACCUUUUAAUACAAGGACGCCAAUCGAUUAGUUUCCCUUUUGGGUUCUCAAAGUGUCUCUUCCUUCACUUCUGCAGUCUCUCCAUCCCUGGUGACCCAGACAUGCAAGUAUCUUUAGGGACUGCUGCGCCUAUGGCAACAGGGCAGGGGGUUUCAGAAGCCUAAAUUUAGAGAAAGUCCAUUUUACAUCAAUGCAAGAGGGUUAUUUUAAACCCAGAGCUCCGGAGGGUGAGUCUAGACAGUGGGGCGACCACUGCAGACAAAUACAAAGUGCCGCUCUAAUCUACUUUUAAUGCCUCGUUUUCCUGGACAGCAGCCGAAGAUGCAACGCAGCAUGUCACAUUGACCUACUCCACCUCAGCACGCUCGAUUCAUCGCUCUCCCUACCUGACUUUAAACUGAUCUCAUAUUCUCGUCAUACUUCCUCACUGGCUGAUCAGCAGACUAUGCCCCCUUCCUGUCCAUAAGAGAGUUUGGUUUUCAUUUCUAGACUGGUAGUCUGAGGAUCUCCUUGCCACUGUGCUCAUAUUUUGCAGCUUUUGUGCUUCAUCACGCCUGGCUGCCCCACCCCAGCCCUCCGCUCACCUGCCGCUCACCGAGGGACCGCCAUGGCCGUCAAUGUGACCAUGGGUCGCGACACCAAGUGGCUGACACUGGAGGUGUGCAGAGAGUUCCAGCGAGGAACUUGCUCACGUUCGGACACCGAAUGCAAGUUCGCUCACCCCUCUCGCACCUGCCACGUGGAGAACGGCCGCGUCAUCGCCUGUUUCGACUCACUCAAGGGACGCUGUACACGUGAUAACUGUAAGUACCUGCAUCCUCCGCCUCAUCUCAAGACCCAGCUGGAGAUAAAUGGCAGGAACAACCUGAUCCAGCAGAAGACCGCAGCCGCCAUGCUGGCCCAGCAGAUGCAGUUCAUGCUGCCUGGAGCUCAGCUGCAGCCCAUAGUGAGAUCCCAUUUUAAUAACCAACAACAUCACGACCGUUUCUCUUGGCUUGAAAACGUUGCGUUAUUAUCCCUUGUUAUCUUUGUGUCUCUCAUCCAGACCUCGUUCCCAGUAACGCCUUCCUUGGCCAACAGUCCGAGCAUGGCUUUCAGCCCGUACCUGAGCCACAUGAGCCCGGGCAUCAGUCUCAUGCCUGAGCUUCUGCACAGCGCCCCCGUGCUGGUCCCGGGGAGCCCCACCGGCAUCGCCAUGGGCAACGGAAAUUCAACGCAGAAGCAUGUUCGCACAGACAAGCUUGAGGUGUGUCGAGAAUUCCAGCGGGGGAACUGCACACGCGGGGAGAACGACUGCCGCUAUGCCCACCCAAUGGAAGCCGCCAUGGUGGACGGCAGCGAGAACUCCGUCAUUGUUUGCAUGGAUUACAUUAAGGGCCGAUGCACCCGUGACAAAUGCAAGUACUUUCACCCUCCGGCUCACUUACAGGCCCGGAUAAAGGCGGCGCAGCACCAAGCCAGCCAGAAUGCUGCUGCCAUGCCCUCAGAGUGUCCUCUGAAGCGCAGCCUGCAUCCAACUUUCAAUCUGGCUUUGCCACCAGGAGCCAUGCAACAGCUACCAAAGAGACCGACCCUGGAGAAGACUAAUGGCGCAGCUGCCGUCUUCAACCCCAGCAUGUUCCACUACCAGCAGGCUUUGGCCAGCAUGCAGCUGCAGCAGCCAGCGUUCAUUCCCACAGUAGACGCCGCCGAGGUACUGAGCGCCGACCCCAUCGACCUCCAGUGCGUUCCCAUGGAGGCCCAUUUCUGUCCCGUUCCUAAACUCCUGGUGGCUGCACCAAUGACGCUGAAUCCAGUAAGCCUCUCCCGCAAUCCCACAACCUAAUCAGGCCCAUCUCUCAUGCAACAUGUGCCCAAACAACAGAAAAAUGAAUGCAACAAAACGUGUGCCUAAUCAGUACGUCCUUAACGGGCAAUACAUUCAUCCUCAUGUCAGAGAUUCCCACUUCAUUUGACGUCAACAGAGGUUUGUUGAUAUUGAAACAGGCAAUACUUAAGCUUGGACCUACAACUGUUUAAGGAAGCAUGCCAUCUCGAUGCAAGGAGACGUAAGGAGCGUGCGGAUGCUGAAUCAGGAGAUGGAGUGCUCUCGUAACUCACAGCCAUACGAAUACAUGCAAACCAAUUAGCUGAGAAGAGUGAAUUCUCUAGAGGUGAACAUUAGAUUUCAGAGCCGACUCGUUUGAUGUACGGUAAGAGGUGGAGUCGAUGCAGAUCAUCAGCAGACAGAAUGUUUCUCCGUCGUAGAAUGUGAAAACCCAGAGUGUGUGAGAGCGACACCUAAUGAAAUUUUACAUAGUUGUGGUGGUGGUGGUAAUUUCUUUCACAUUUAAUUAUGAUUAAUGAACGUGGCACGUUUUAUUUCAUGUUUACAUUUCCAAAUGUCGGGAAAAAAAAAAGGUUAUUUGAAAAUGAUUGAUGCUUUUGUAAGAUAAUCUGAUGCUGAUUCUCAUGAUACUGAUUUAGGUUUUUCGUUAAGAGGUUUUCAAAAUGUCGUUGUUCGUGCCUUUGAGUUACAAGUGUGUGGACGUCUUUUUUUCCCCCCAGUUCUUCUGUACUCAGCUGACUUACAUUUUAUCAUAGACUAAGAAAGUAUACCUGUGUAGCCUUUCAGAAUCAAUGUGUCGGUCCUUCGUCUACUUAGGGAUGUGUGUUGUUGUGAGUUUUUCUUGACAGAGUAUUAUUUAUUUAAUGACUUUCCAACAGGCUAAAACUGGUCUACUGAGAUAAGUGUUACUAUUCAUGCCUGAAGUGUCUCACCUCGCAUUUCAAGCUCCACAUCGAGGCGGUCAAACAGAAGAUUGGUUCACAUACUCAUACCUCCCCUUUAAAAAUAAAACUGCCUUAAGCAGACUAAAUAUGAGCACUUCUUGUUGGGCAGUGUGAUGCACACUGAAAUGCAAGGUCUGAUUGCAGGCCUUCUGGAUGUAUAAGAUGUCUCAUUGAGAAACUUUUAACUGGACUUUAUUUUUAUUCCAGCUGGUCUUUGUUCUUCAAUGUUUCUUGCAAAUAUUUCUUAUUGUCUGAUGUCCUGGAUAUUCAAAUGCUCUAAAAAAAAAUAGUAACUUUUUAGAUUAUAUAUUGCAUUUCUUCAAUUAUUGGGUGAAUUUCAUGAAAACAGUCAAAAAGUCAUAUUCCAAGUCAUAUUUCAUACCAAAAGCAGAAGAAAAAAAUAUAUAUAUUUGCUGAAACAAAUUUUUAUGACAAUUAAGCAGUCCUAUUGUCAUUAACAUAAUACAACAAAUCUCAGUUUUAUCACUGUAAUGUGCAAUAAAUAACUACAUAAUUACACAGAAAUAAUUUUAAAGUAUCACGGUUACAUUUGUUCUAAUUCUGUUGUUAACAAAAUAUAAUACUAAAAACAAUUAUAUUACCAAAAAAAAAUGUUUCCUGUUAUAUAGUAAAAAUGUUGUACUAGUGAAAUCAUAGAGGAUAAAAAAAAAAUGCAAUUGCUCCAGUGCAAAAACAUACAGUGCAUCACGGAAAUGUUUAAUUGUCAUGAAAAUUUUCUGUUUUGAUUUUGGUGUGAAAUGUGACAUUUUCAUAGGAUUCACCCUAUUACCAUGUCUAUCUCUUGUAGACAAACCCCUUCUGAUGGCUGGACUGUCUCUGCCUAAAUCCAUGCUCUGCCCCACCUGCUGUGUGACAGUCUGUUCGUCUCCACUUUUUGUUCAGCCAUGUUUGGUGCAUCCCUGAGUACUAUAAGAUCAGUUUUCAGUGUCCAUUAGUUGCCAAAAUUAUUCUUUAAACUGCAUGUUUAGUGGUUUACACACUCAUUUAUAACAGAUUGGCACACAUAUGUUAAAUCCCGAUCAUUAAAAUUACAAGGAGGUAUGCAAAAUCCUUUCUAGAAGUCACAGACUGGUACCUGAUUUGAAUGUCCAGCGUCUCUCCCAUUAGUUUGCUGUAUUCAGCAGCAUAUGCGACCCCCUGCACACACAUGUCAAGUGCACUGCUUUUGUGCCAUUGACUCUCAGACAGGUCGCCCUGUGCCAAUCACUGGAGAACUCGGACUGCACAAUCAGGCCUUGACAUGCCAAGGUCAUGAGCCAGAUGGAUUGAAAUUGCAAUAUUGCAAAUGUGCCCACCCAAGCGACAAAUCUAAACCUAUUGGAGCAAGCUAUCAUCUUGCGCUUUGUUUUGAUACAUCUCAGUUAUCAUUAGGCGAGUCCUACAGUUGGGAAACUGACAGUAGGGCGGUUUUCAGCAGCUGUUUUUAUUACUGCAUCAGUGUGCACCCGCUAAUAGAGUUCCGGUCUCUGCCAACCAAGAGCUCUAUUCGAUUAUUGCCGUAAUACAUUAUUGAUAGUUUAUCCAUGGAGGAAACAUGAAAACUGUGUCAGACGGACGAUACACCGAGGUCUGCAAUCCAUUAGGGGAGUUUCUUUGCCCAUUUUGUCUUUGAGAUAGACGGCCGAUUGAACUCUUUAAGUUGAUCUUGUGUUUGUUGUGUUCAUGUGCGAACAGGUUUAAAUCACUGACUGUGUCCUUACUUUCAAAAGUCGUCAGACUCUAAAAUGCAAGGGCGUAGAUGACCGUGUGACAUCUGAAUAUUUGGACUGUGAGCUGAAAGCUGCGGCUCUCGUGUAGACAUGUUACAAUUAAAAUAAAUUUUGAUUCUUUUCAGACUGGGUACUUAGAAAAGGCCCUCAUCAGCCAAAGCUUCAUUUAUGAGCCCCUCCGCGGGCCUUUACAUGCAUAUAUGAAUGUGACAUUUAAGACAGAGAGAAUGUCACGAGAGGUUUUGGAUGCCUCUCUCACCAUUUCUCUCGAACAAAACUACAACCUUUCUCAACAUAUCAAGGAAGUGAAAGCCUCCCAAUGCCAUCCACUGUUGAUGUACAAAAACAGACAGAAAAAGCGUUUUUCGUCACUUAUCUCAAAGACCCUUCCCUAAACUGUUGUCUCCUUUGGGACAGCCAUGUUGUUUCAGCGGCGUAACCCCAAGAGAGAGCCGUAAAGCUGAUUUUAUGACCUAAAAACAUCAUUGCAACUUUUUUUGCUGAUCAGCACACACACUAUCUAGGCCAAACACAAGUGAAACAAUAUCAUACAGCGGUGGUCUAAACCAAGACAAAAUCAGAGCGAGAUGAUACUAUACUGUGUUAUAACUGAAAUAGUAUCUGUAUUGUAAACAUCUCUGUAUAAUGUUCAUGUGUUUUAAGGUUGUUUUAAGAAAUACUGGGGCAAGUACGUGUGGAUUCCUUUAGGAACAAUCUCUACUGUUUAUUGAUGUGUUGGAUUGUGUUUUGUAAUUCAGUUCCAUUGCCCAGCCAAGGUGUAGAAGCUCCUUUCUCUCUGUCUCUGUCUCUCUCUCUCUCUCUCUCAUAUAAAGAAUUAUGCCUUCUCCAACUGCAAUCCAGCUGGAAUCAACGAAAUACUUGAUAAAGAAAAAACAAUGUGCCUCAUCGGGGGCUUUAGCAUUUUAAGAACUCACUUUUUAAGAAGUGUGCAUACCUGCAUAAAGUAGUUAGCUAGAAUAAUCUAUGUGUACGUAUUACAAACGCAUCGUCACCGUCAUUCUAGUUUUUCACAUUAUUGACCUACGUAACGGUACCGGUUUUAACUAUAUCCUGACGACUUCAGUCAUGUUACGGUGUGUUGUUUUGACACAGCUGUCAAUGGUAGUUUGAGUUUGAUCAUUAGCGUUACUCGGUUUACCUUACCUUACUUACAUCGUAAAGUCUGUCAUCGCAUGAAAUUAAAAUAAUCUGAAUAAUCUACAUCAUAGUUUGUGCAGUUAGUGGUUUAAGAUAAAAAAAAUUUACUUAAUCUAUAUAUCUAUAUAUCAAUAUACACAUUUGUAUGUAUUACAAUGAUAGAUUCAUUGUUACCUAUGAUAGUAAGUUCUUGUUGCUAUGGCAACAAAACUACAACAUGGCUACCUUUGUAUAUCUUAAUUGUGAAUUUUUUCACACUUCAAGUGAAAUAAUGUACAACGUUAACUUAUUCAGAAAGGGAAUGUGUUCUUAAGUUGUCUUGGAAAAAGAGAUGAUUGACUAUUUUGUAAAAUUAUAUAUAUAUAAACGUAUAUAUAUAUAUAUAUUCAGACUUGUGAGAUACUUUGUCCAAAGGCCCUUUGGAGACAUCAUACGUUAUUUCUGUUUUAAUGAUUAUUAUUUUUCUAUUGGGGUUGCUGAUCACUUUUAGAUAAGAACCAGAUCUUUACGUAAACAGCAUCUGAGCUUUUGAACUAAUCAGAUGGAUCAAUUUGGGGGAAAGAGACUUUCUAGUCUUAUAUUUGGUCCAAAAAGCUUUGGCGGUUUUCAUAAACAACACAGCCCUGUGAUGUCAGUAAUGGGACGGUAUCAGCCAUACGUGAGCCCCUGAUUUAAGUCUCUGUCCCCCUCUGGCCCACCCAGACUGCACCCCAGCUGUGCUGGGACCUGGUGACUCGCGUCACCCCAUCGGUGUACGAAUGUGUGUUAUUCACCUUGUUUGCACUUAUGUACAUAACUGAUUCAAAAUAUUCAGAAUUUAUUUUGAAUAUACAUAGAUGAAUAAAUAUAUAUAUAUAUAUAUGUGUAGAAGAGCAGAUUCAAAUCAAAUGUCUGUAUCGUUCGGAAUACAGGUAAACAGUUAUCCUUUUAAAGGGUUGUCAAAGACAUAGAUGCUGUUUCGCUGGGGUGUCGAGGAAUUUGUUGUUUGUUCUGUUUGCUAAUGCCCUCGUUCUCAUCGUUAAGCAUGAUACUGCAUUUUGCGGAGAAAAUGAUGUCAAAAAAGACUUUAUAGUUUUGCGUAGCUUACAAAAGCGCAGCGACCUGAGCACUGUGCCCGCUCGCGUCUGAUCCUGAGGUCCAGAAACCAAAGAACGGCCAACUUGUUUCUCUUUUACCUCUACGUCGUGCGGUUUUGUUUUCUGUGUAGUCCCUAUGGUGUAGUCCCGUGGGACGCCAUGAAAAGGGGGGGAGUAAUAAUGCUCUGCCCCCUGCAGGAAGACCAGGAGGGCAGCGUAAAGAGCACCUCAGGGUCAGACCGCAGCUGGAAAGCAUUGCUGCAGGUUACACAAAAUAACAUAUUUCAGUUUUCCAUUCUUGUGCACUCACCAAGACCAACAAAUAACUUGAAAAUCUCACAGGAUAUCCUCAAUCAAAAUUGCUCCAAAAUCCGACGUGAAAUCGCCAGACAGAACACUCUGUUGAAGAAAACUUGUACAUUCUGUGCUCUACAGUUGCUUUGGAAGCCAAUAAUUUUGUUGCCAUGGCACUUGCCCUAUUAGUGAGGGAGAGACUGAGUCUUUUGUAGGUUCUUGCAUAUAGACGCACCUUUGGACCAAUCGAUUAUGGUCCUCAGCCUUUUGACUGUAAAGCUGAGGUAGAACUUAGGACUUGGCAUAGACUAAGGGGUCCCGACUUGCAUCCAGAAGCUGAAUGCGAACAUGGGGUGCUCCUUUUACCACUGUGCUUGACAGAGAAAAUCGACAAACACUCUUCUGCUGUCCAUUAUCCUGUGCCUAAACAUUCGGUGUGAUGUGAAAGGACUGGUCUGUCGAGAAAGCCAUUGAGGUUAGACUUCCACCUAACUGUGCCCUGCAUUCAGUCACGUCAUCGUCAUUUCUGUGACUGGAACCCUAACGUCAAUGGUUCGUGUUUUAACGUGUAGAAGUCACUGAGACCGGAGCAUCACAUUAAUGUUGUACAAAGCUGUAUAGUUUCGAAUGAAAUCGCUCAUCGAUGCAGAGGUUAUGUCCCUUUAAAGGCAUCGACUGACGUUCGGUGACUGACGCCGAUGCCUGUGUAAAUGUUAUUGUGUGUGUGGAACCGUUCAAAGAAUGUCUACAUUGUUUCAAAGCCAUAUGUAAUAGAUUCCUCUCUCUCCCACUGUAGGACAAGAUAAAACUGAAUGCUUUGACUCUUUAUAUGAAAUGCUUCUUUCUAUUUAGCUUAUUGUGCUUGUAUGUGCUUCAAGAACUGUGCUUCUUGUCAAACCCUUUGCGAUAUAUAAAUGUAUGGAAUAUAUACAUACUUAAGACUUCUGUUCUUUUUGUUUGACAUUUUAAUAAAGCGCUUAAAGGCAUUUUUGGACCGUG